AAGCAGUCUUCCAAACCCAGUGAGAACCCCGCAGAGGGAAUGGCAACAGCCUGCUGGGAUCAAUGUGGACUGCCAGCUGCCGAUCUCGCUGUUGACAGUAAAAGCAGAUAUGUUCCUUGGUCACUGGCAUUAGCACUGACCAUGACCCUUCACACCAAAACCUCUGGAGUUACCCUGCUGCACCAGAUUCAAGGCACUGAACUGGAGACACUGAGCAGACCUCAGCUGAAGAUUCCCCUGGAAAGAUCGCUCAGCGACAUGUAUGUGGAGAGCAACAAGACAGGAGUUUUUAACUACCCAGAAGGGGCCACGUAUGAUUUCGGUACUACAGCUCCAGUGUACAGCUCUACUACUCUCACUUAUGCCCCUACUUCUGAAUCUUUUGGGUCCAGCAGUCUGGCAGGAUUUCAUUCACUGAACAAUGUCCCACCAAGCCCAGUGGUGUUCUUGCAAACGGCGCCUCAGCUAUCACCCUUCAUCCAUCAUCACAGCCAACAGGUACCCUACUACCUUGAAAAUGAACAGGGAAACUUUGGCAUGAGGGAAACUGCUCCUCCAGCCUUCUACAGGACCCCUAUGAAUAAACAGUCAUUGGUGUCUGUGAAGUGCCCAACUAUUGUAAUGAAGAGUGCUAUUGAAAAUCACAUGUGGAAAAUCGACAACACUUUCAGAGCAGACUUGAAUAAGAAAGAAGACAUGAGGCUACAUAUGAGCGAGGGUGAACACAUCCAAAAUAUUGAGCCAAGCUCUGAUAACAGGCGCCACAGCAUCCGAGAGAGGAUGUCCAAUACUAAUGAGAAAGGGAGCUUGUCCAUGGAGUCCACCAAGGAGACGCGGUAUUGUGCUGUCUGCAAUGACUAUGCUUCAGGCUACCAUUAUGGGGUCUGGUCUUGUGAGGGCUGCAAAGCUUUUUUCAAAAGGAGUAUUCAAGGGCACAAUGACUACAUGUGUCCUGCUACUAACCAGUGCACCAUAGACAAGAACAGAAGAAAAAGUUGCCAGGCUUGCCGACUCAGAAAAUGCUAUGAAGUGGGAAUGAUGAAAGGUGGAAUCCGGAAAGAUCGCAGAGGUGGGCGAAUGAUGAAACAAAAACGUCAAAGAGAGGAGCAAGAUUCCAGAAACGGGGAGGCUUCUACAGAGCUGCGAGCUCCCACCCUCUGGACAAGUCCACUGGUAGUGAAACAUAACAAGAAGAACAGUCCGGCCCUGUCCCUGACAGCAGAACAGAUGGUCAGUGCCUUGCUGGAAGCUGAGCCACCCAUAGUUUAUUCUGAAUAUGACCCAAACAGGCCAUUCAAUGAAGCCUCUAUGAUGACUCUGUUGACCAACCUUGCAGACAGAGAAUUAGUGCACAUGAUCAACUGGGCAAAGAGAGUUCCAGGAUUUGUGGAUUUAACACUCCAUGAUCAGGUCCAUCUACUGGAAUGUGCCUGGUUAGAGAUACUGAUGAUUGGCUUAGUCUGGCGCUCCAUGGAACACCCAGGAAAGCUUUUAUUUGCACCUAACCUGUUACUGGACAGGAAUCAAGGAAAAUGUGUAGAGGGCAUGGUGGAAAUCUUUGACAUGCUGCUAGCUACUGCUGCUCGGUUUCGCAUGAUGAACCUUCAAGGGGAGGAAUUUGUGUGCCUUAAGUCCAUCAUCCUGCUCAAUUCUGGUGUGUACACUUUUCUUUCCAGCACCUUGAAAUCUCUGGAAGAGAGAGACUAUAUUCAUCGUGUUCUGGACAAAAUAACAGACACUUUGAUACAUUUAAUGGCUAAGUCAGGUCUUUCUCUGCAGCAGCAACACAGACGACUGGCUCAGCUCCUCCUCAUCCUCUCUCACAUCAGACACAUGAGCAACAAAGGAAUGGAGCACCUGUACAAUAUGAAGUGUAAAAAUGUAGUUCCACUUUACGAUCUUUUGCUGGAGAUGCUGGAUGCUCACCGACUGCAUGCACCAGCAGCCAGGAGUGCUGCACCGAUGGAACAGGAGAACCGGAGCCAGCUGACAACUGCAUCAGCUUCAUCUCAUUCCUUGCAGUCUUUUUAUAUAAACAGCAAAGAGGAGGAACAUGCAGAAUACAAUAUAAGCAAAAGUCAGGAGAUACAAUGGUAUGAGAAACCCAGCAGCAUACUAUCUAACUCACACUUCAUUUUGUUUACAGUGCCACCUAAGUAAACACUCCAGUGACAAGAGUCACCUGCAUUUUCCAUUAGAGUGUUUGUCGAGCGCUUGCCUAAGUUGAUUGCUUAUCCUAAAUUGAGGACUUUUCAUUGCUAUGAACAGCCAGCAAGGAUUGCCAGGCUACCUUGAUUUAAAUUUUGCAUUGUUUUUAUUUAAUUUUGCAUGUAAGUUGGGUAAGUCCUUAUCUAAACCAAACACUCAUUUCACUGUAAAUUAUUUGGUCAAACCCUCCAUGUAUAUUGGUACCUUCAUGAGUGGUAGCCCCAAAUUCUGAGCUUGCUUGAUCCUUUACUUGCUUGAAACUUUGAAGCAGUUUGGUAGACAUUCCAGAUUAUUUUUGUUUGCGGGGAGUGUGGCGUAGAAACUGGUUGAUUGGCAUCUUAGUGUGCCACAGUGAAACUGCAUUGCUAGUGACAGCCUUGCUAGUUUACAUAGAUUCCCACCUCUCCUUUCUACAGUACAAAAGGAACGUAUGUCUGAGAAUAAUACUGUUUUACAUUGCUGGCUUACAUCAGCAGACAACUCCAUCUCAAGAUCAUACUGACCAAACUUCUCGGUCCCCUUAACAUAUCCUCCAGCCAAAUUGCAUUCUGUGCAUCCUAUCUUGUCUGAUACUACAAAACUAAAUAUUUCAUACAACAUGUCAAGCAGUGAUAACAAAUAUAAUUAUUCUUAAAUCAGACCAGAUGAUUAAAAAAAUCAUCAAGUCUUUAAAAGAAAAGAAGUCUUCAAACACAGAAAUGAUUCAGCAUGAUUUUACAAAAAAAUCUCUCUCUGUGUCCUUUGCUUUGUUGUGCCACAGGCCAAGGGGUGAAAAUGCCAGUGCAAGAUUGGCACAGCAAGGUGGGAUGGUCCCUUCCCACUUGGUAGUCUGUGGCCUCCCGCAGGACUGGCUGUGCUGCAGCAGUAGGCUUUGCAUUGCCUUGGCUCGCUUUGGCUCUCAUUGGGGUGUGUGGUGAGGUCACUGGUAAAAGCCAGUUCACCAAUGACACCAGAAAUGGGCAAUGAGCUGCAAACGUGGUGAAGACUCUGGAACUGCAUGUCCAGGAAGACAAAUCUGGCUUCCUCUGUGCAUGUAUGUAACUGGUUUUCGUAAGUCAGAUUCUUCAGACCAACUGUAAAUAUACAAAAGGUCCACUGACAUCAAGAGUUUCAGCAAAACAUGAAGGAGAGAGGUUGAAGAAGUUCAUACUAUGUGCCAUUCAAAGUAGGAGUUGGUGCUGCUUUUUGACUGAAAAUUGCUAGAAAAUUAAACAUGUCAGGGAAUGUUGCUGGGUACUGGAAUUACAUAUACCAGGGAUAUUUUAUUAGUCUAACGAUAAACUUUGCCUGUGCUAUCUGCACUUGUAGUUUACAGGUGCAGUCUGGGAUUUAGCACGGACUGGGGACUAUUCAAUAGCUGCUUGGAAGCAACCAUCCUGCCAGUAAGGACAUUUCAUAGCACAUGUGUAGGCUGCUCCAUAGCAGCUGACCACAAUGCUAGAGAGGGGUUCAGAGAUGCUUCUUUUACUGCUAUAGUUUAAACCAUUAUGCUAGAUUAUGUUGAUUGGAAUAUCCUGUAGUAAGUAAAUAUAGGAAAUAUUUCAAAUAAUGCCAUACAAGAAUGCCUAUGUCUAAUUACGCUCCCUCUCACACAUGCAGAAUCUGUGUGCAGUGAGAUAGUUACACAGCAAUUGUGAAUGCAGCAAGGCACAGGACAAACUUGUGCCUCACGUCAAGGAUUUGAUGCUUUAGUGAACGUACGUAAUGAUGUCUGUAACAGUUUCAUGUACAUACCUGAGGAUAUGCACAGUUUAAAAGUCUAAAGCUAAAUGCUACCUUCAUUUGAGAAGAUUCCUUGAAAACUGUGCAAGCCUAAACAUGUGAAGCAGUCACUGUUAAGUUAAUAGGCCUUAUAUUGAUGCAUACUAUAGUGUCUUUUUUUCUGAAUGUGCUGAAGGAUUUGUCUUUUUGUGUAUUCAGUAAGAAAGUGUGUGUGCAUGUGUGUGUGCAAAUUUGGUACCUAAGGGCUCUUGGAGUGCUCCGAAAUGCCUUGAAAGAAAAUGCAUAUUUUGUUUUGUUGAGUAGCUGGUGUUACAAAAAUCAUGAAUGCCCUCAAAUAAGGGCAGGCUAAAAUCUAAAUGGAGCACAGGAAUCUCCAUAGUGAUACUUAUGUGCUUACACUAUCUUCAUUACUUGUAGCCCAGUGUGCAUUACAGCUGUUCUUUAAAUACUGUACAUGCAACUUGGUGUUCUGUACUACAGAACACACAGAUGAAGCUCUUAAGCUGCAAAGCAAACAGGUUUAAAGGAAUGCCUCCCUUCCUAUAUGCCAGAACAAUUCACUACAAGUGUAAAUUUGCCCCAGAAAUAAAAAAAAUGUAGUUCAUGGAGAGCAAUUCACAACAGAGGGUCAGAUUCUGAUGGCACUUACAUAGGGCAAGUAUCGUCACACUGUAUAGAUUUUCCCAGUGAAGUUGGAUAAGUGUGAUUUGAAGUGGUAUGCAGCAGAUCGAAGGGUGUUAUAAUGUGUCUUGGAACACAAUAUUCAGUCAGCUCACAGUCGUAGUUCUGAAUGCUUUCCUCAGCUCUUGCAAGGAAGUAAUUUAGAUUCAACCACUCCUCCCGUGUUUGUGGCGACAGUGGUGAAGAACAUCCAAGAAAGAAAAACACCAAUUCCCAGUAUUACAUUCAUUUACCUUGGGGCAGUAUCAUUAAUUUGUUCAUGAGAUUUUAACUUAAGCAGCACCUUAAUGAAUAUAGUAACCUUCCCAUAGUUAUCUAUAAAGAUGAUUGUCUACAUACCAGACGACUGAAUGUAGCCAUUCCAUUGAUUAAACAAAGUCUAUGAUACAAAAAGUGACAAUGUUUUUUCAUAGGUAAUUCUGAAUUAUGCUCUCGUGUAUGCAAACAAUUGUGCCUGACAUUUGGUAAUUGCUGUUUCACAGAAUGCUAUUCUAUGUGUCUAUGUGCGUGUGUAUAUAUAUAUAUACUUUAUAUUUGCAGAUGACAAACCAGUACUACCUGAUUACCUGGUGCUGGAUAUUAAACAAGAAUAUAAAGCAUGUAAAAAAAAAAAAAAGAAAGAAAACUAUUCAAGGCAGCUAAUUAUGCUUCUACCAAAAUAUUCAUAGUGAUGUCUCUGGACAGGUAAUGAAAGAAUUAUUUUAUAAUGUUUAUACAUGAAUUUGUAAAAAGCCCCUACAACAACAACAACAAAAACCAAACCCAAAACCCUCUAGAAACAUAGGUGUUGGAAUGACAGCACAAGCUAAACAGAAAUCGAUCAGAUGAAUUUGCUUUUCUCAAGAAUAUUGUUGUUACUGAAUUACUAAAAAAAGCUUGGGAGGCAGGAGAGGAAUCAGGGUGAUGCAUAGCACUUAAUGUUGUCUGGUUUUCCAACGAUACAUGAAAGCUACUUGGUGGUGGUUCGAACCAUGUCUCGAUUUUGCAGACUUUGUCUCAGGUAAAUCUCCCUGUUGGAGCAGUAAGAUUUGUACUAGGAUAAAUUAAUUUAAUGGACGUUUCUUGGUGUGUGAUUGUGGUAAAGUUCCUAUUAUCUUUCAGUGACACCUCUUGAUGAUUUUUCUCCUUCUGUACACUAAGGGGUUUGUUUAAAAAUACAUUAAAAAAAAAAAUCUGAAGUGAGCUCCCAAGCAUAUUGCAAAGACUAUCACCAUGUCACUGGACUUUACAUUGAAAAAAAAAAAGAAAAAAAAGAAAACCUAAAUCACUCCCCUGCCAUCAAAGACAGGGUUUGUAUUGAAGUCUUCAUCCAUUUCAGCUGCUGCUGACUGAUUCCUUAAGAAUUGUGCUAAACAUUUAAAAUGAAACAGAAUACGAGGAAAAUAAAGAUUUUGCCUCAUUAGGGCCUUAGUUUUAUCACAGGCUUUGAUAGGAACAUGGUAAGCCUCUCUUGUACAUAUAAUAUCCUGCUUUAAAAUUAGAAUGCAACUCAACCUAAAGCUAAUGGAGUUUUGUAUAUAAGAUAUUCUCAGCUGACUUUAAGUAAAAUGCAUUUCUUAGUUUGAAUAAAGAGAUGUCUAUUUUCAAUGCUAUCUACAACAUAUAGCUUUACAGAUAGAAAUUCAACAUAUGUAAAAAAUGGUCAUGUUAAAGAUGGUAUGUUAAUACAAACCAGUCUUUGCUGUCACCUGCAACUACAGCAUAACCUCAAAUUGAUCUGGGAAUUUUGAGUUAAUAUUUCCCUAAUAUUAAUGUCAUGCUCUGUCUACUCACAAUUCUCUUUCAUCUUUCAAAUGUAGAUAGCUUAGUUACCUGAAAGUUGUUUUCAAAGUGAUUUUUUGCCCAUAAGGGUAUCUGGUUUUGCACUGUGUUUAAAAAAGCCAAAAAGAUAAAAAAAACCUUUUGCAUUCAAAUGUGCCUAAAGAAACAAAAAAAAAAAAAUUAAAAAAUAUAUAUGCUGCCAUCUUGCAAAUUAUUAUGCUCUGUACUCCUGUGUGCCUAUAAAUUAGAAGUCUAUUUCUUCAGAAAGUGCCCAUUGGAAAAUGAAGGCAUAGACUGCUGGCCAUGAGACUUGCAUUAACAAGCCACUUUAUGUAUCAUCUUACUGUAUAUACUAUAAAAUUAAUGCUUUUGUGUGCACUAUGUAGACUCUCAAUUGAAAGUUCUUUCUUUGGUAUAGGCUCAGCUGCCAUAAUGUAUUUGUUGAAGUAUUCUGUUCUUUCACUGAUGAAUAUAAAAUUGUUAAUGUCUUUGUUUUGGUGAGGUUUUUUUUUUCUUUGUUUUGCACCUAAAAAGGUUCUUAAAAAAGUCUAAACGAAAAAUCUACUAAGUUACUCAGUUGGUGCAGGAUUUUUAUCAAUGUGUUUGAUGUUGAAAAUAAAGAAUUAACCAGA